GUCAGAGCAACCUGGAGCUCAACACUUUAAAGACAGCAGAGAUGGUUGUGGAUUUCAGAAAGAGCCCAGCCCCACCCGACCCCAUCACCCUGUGUGAGUCCUUCCGCUUCCUGGGCACCAUCAUCACUCAGGACCUCAAGUGGGAGCUGAACAUCAGCUCAGGACCUCGAGGCGUGCAGGAAAGAUUGUGGCUGAUCCCUCCCACCCCAUACACAAAGAGUUUCAGACACCCCCCUCUGGCAGGAGGCUGCAGUACAUCAGGACCAAAACCUCACGCCACAAAAACUGUUUCUUUUACGAUUCUUGACCUGUGGUGGAGGUGUACAGUGUGACAGUGGACUGCACUGUGACGUCUCGUUUCGCCCACACCGUCAUGACCUCCAAGGCUGUGAACAAAGCAAACUCCUCCCAGGAAAUCUUCUUUGAAGUGGAGCUGCCCAAGACCGCCUUCAUCACCAACUUCAGCAUGGAAAUUGAAGCUCAGGUGUAUGUUGGGGAGGUGAAGGAGAAAGAGAAAGCCAAGAAACAGUAUGAUAAGGCUGUUUCCUCUGGACAGACUGCUGGACUGGUCAAGGUUUCUGGAAGAAAAAUGGAGAAGUUUUCAGUGUCUGUCAACAUUGCAGCCAAAAGUAACGUGACUUUCAUUCUGACCUACGAGGAGCUCCUACAGAGGAAACUGGGCCAGUAUGAGAUUCUGACUCGAGUUAAACCCAAACAACUUGUGCAGGAGUUUCAGAUUGUAACAAACAUCUAUGAGCCUCAGGGCAUUUCUUAUGUUGAUGCCCAUGCAACCUUUCUUUCCAACGAUCUGCUCCCUCUGGUGGAGAAAACUGUCACAGACAAAAAGGCACGCAUCGCUUUCUCACCUACUAUGGAGCAGCAGAGGAAGUGUCCAGGUUGUGAUGGAACACUCAUCGACGGAGAUUUUGUCAUCAAGUAUGAUGUGAACCGAGCAAAGAGCCUCGGGGACAUUCAGAUUGUGAACGGAUACUUUGUGCACUUCUUUGCUCCCCCUGACCUGCCCAGAGUUGCAAAGAAUGUGGUGUUUGUGAUUGACAGAAGUGGAUCAAUGAGUGGAAAAAAGAUGGAACAGACACGAGAGGCAUUGCUGGAAAUCCUCAAAGACCUCCAUGAGGAGGACUACUUUGCCCUCAUCCAGUUUGAUGAUCAAAUCGUUUCCUGGAAGAAAUCGCUUACCAAAGCAACCAAGGAAAAUGUGUCUCAAGCCAUGGUCUACGUCCAACAGAUAAGGCACCAUGGAGCGACCAACAUCAAUGAUGCAGUGUUGAGAGCCGUGGACAUGCUGGUCAAAGACAGGCAGGAGAAGAAGCUCCCAGAGAGGAGCAUCGAUAUGAUUAUUUUACUGACUGAUGGGAUGCCAAAUUCUGGAGUAUCUAGUCCCCUGAGGAUCCAGGAGAAUGUGCGUUCUGCUAUUGGAGGAAACAUGUCUCUGUUCUGUCUUGGAUUUGGAAACGAUGUGGAUUACUCCUUCCUGGAUGUGAUGAGCAAACAAAACAAGGGACUGGCCCGCAGAAUUUUUGAGGGUUCAGAUGCAGCACUUCAACUUCAGGGUUUCUAUGAGGAGGUGUCCAGCCCUCUGCUUUCAGAGGUGGACCUGCGUUAUCCUGACAGCGCAGUGGACUUCCUGACCACCAACCACUUCAACCAGUUGUUUAACGGCUCAGAGAUCGUGGUGGCCGGUCGACUGAUGGAUAACGACCUGGACAACUUCCUGGUGGAAAUAUUCGCCCAGGGGUUUGAGGGGGACUUCAACAUGCAGGGCCAGGCCAGUGCUGUGGACUGGGAUGUAAUGUACCCAGAUGAGGAGUACAUCUUUGGGGAUUUCACAGAGCGUCUGUGGGCCUAUCUCACCAUCCAGCAGCUGCUGGAGAAGAGCAAGAGUGGUGCCCCAGAUGAGAAAGCCAAUGCCACAGCCAAGGCCCUGGACAUGUCUCUGCAUUAUAGCUUUGUCACCCCUCUCACCUCCAUGGUGGUCACCAAGCCUGACACUGAGGAUGGACCAGACAGCCUUUUCAUUGCUGACAAGCUGACUGAGGAGCAAAGACAACAGGCAGAAAGAGUGGCACAUCAAUCUCCAAUCCCUCCAACGUACAUGAAUACUUACCAGUCAUCACCCACAUAUUUUGUGGAUGGAGAUCCUCAUUUCAUGAUAGAGCUCCCUGACAGAGACGACGCUCUGUGCUUCAACAUCAACGACAAACCAGGAACCAUUUUCAACCUGGUCAGAGACCCAAAAUCAGGUAUUUUGGUCAAUGGCCAGAUCAUCGGAGACAAGAAGAUCCCUCCUGAUGGUAAAAUUAACACCUACUUUUGGCGUUUUGGCAUCAUCCACCAGACUCUGGGGGUGAGGCUGAAGGUGAGCACUCAGGACAUCUCUGUGUUCCAGGACGGCACAUGGGUCAAGCUGCUGUGGUCUGAUGCAGCUUCUCUCAAAGGACCCAAUGUGGAUCUUCUCUUGACCAAGGAUCGCAGCCUAACAGUAACUCUAAAAGAUUCAGUCAAGUUUGUCAUCCUGCUACACAAAGUGUGGGAGAAGCACCCGUACCACCGGGACUACUUGGGUUUCUACACCCUGGACAGCCACCUCCUGUCACCUUCUGUUCACGGCCUGCUAGGUCAAUUCUACCAUGGCAUUGAAUACGAGGUGACAGACCUGCGUCCGGGUGAAGUCCCAGAGAAACCAGACGCCACCAUGUAUGUGAAAGGACAGGAGCUCAAUGUGACCAGAGGCUGGCAGAGAGACUUCAGGAGGGACGUGAAGAAUGGAGAAAAUGUUCCCUGCUGGUUCAUUCACAGUAAUGGAACAGGUCUCCUCGAUGGAGAUGCAAGAGACUACAUUGUGUCGGGCCUUUUUAAAACUGUUUAAAAAGAGGUUAAACAUCAAUGUCUACCACAAUUCAUACAAUAAAUAUUUAAAUCUGCUUGUACUUACACCAUGAAUACUCUAACAACAUGUACCCAAAGGCAAACAGGCUUCAUUCACAGCAUUGUAUGGACAAUUUCACAGUUUCUAUCAGUGUAAUUUCUGGAAUUAUAAGACUGGGAAAUCCCAAAAUAGUGAGAAGUACUGGGAGACAGCCUCAGUAAUCACGUGUAUUGAAAUAAAUGGGACACAGUUCUUAAAGAUGGACUCAUUUACUGAUUUCAUUUCAGUUUUUCAGUGUUUCGAACAUUGUUUAAUAAGAGAGAAAAGACUAUGGUUUAAUGUUUGUCAGGUCUUUGCUUUGGUUUCCCUGAAGAUGUUUGACUGUGAGAAUCUCUGUUAGCUUGCUAAACCCUUGUAUGAUGACACUGACGCACCCUGCUUUAAUUCUAGUCUUUAAGUGUUUGCUAAUGCGAGGGGCUGACAGGAUAUAAAAUUGGAUCCAAACUGUUUGCAGGUAGUGCAACACUGAUGAAAAGUGUGACAGUGUGACAAAACUGUGUGACAGUUCAUGUAAAGUCUUCUGUAGGACUCCUAAACCACAUGAUACCAAAUAAAUGUUAAAGACUGGUGA